GGAUUGCAUAAUAACGAAUGUGGUACAAGCCUGUUCGUAGUCGUAAGCUGCCUUCAGCGUUUCUGACCUAAACUUGUAAAUGGAGUUUACAGAUGUUGUUUAUACAUUAGAAAAUGAAAAACAGUUUUGGAAUGAAGUUGAUGAGCUUGUUUUCAAUGUUAAUAAUGAGUCAGAGGUAGAAUAUGCUGCCUCUAGACUUCUCUCUUUCUUUGUAAGAUAUGGAAGUAGGUUCUAAACUAUGCGAAUGUCAACAGAGACCGUUUUGAAUGAGGUGUUAAUCAAAGUAGAAACCUAUUUAAUUACAGAGAUACAAUUGCAAACGAUAGCUGACAAGCUCAUUCGGAGUCCGCUAUUUAAGUUGGACAAGACCACUGUGCGGACGAUUUUGUUGGAUUGUUUCCUCUUCAUGGAAGACAUUCAUAUAAUAAAGUUCAUUGUUGUAUUUUUUCUUUUAGACAUUCGACUGGAUGACGGGUGUAUGAAGUUACUAAUUGCAAGCGGUUUUUUUGGUUCUCUUGUGCAGGCAAUCAUUCGUUUUAGGAACCCUUCCGAAAAGGGAAUCUAUAUUUCUUUUCGUUAUGGUCUAUGUUUGAUGUACCAUAUGUGUCGUUCUCGGCGACUUCCUCUUACUGACUUAGUGGCAGCGGAUGAAACAUUCUUAAAAGGCCUGCUUGCUACAGCCGAAUUUGCUUGGUCAGAAGAAGAUGUUGAGAAUUUUUCAAUGUGUAUGCUUUUACUAUUGAGCUUGAACGAGCAGUUCAUGCUCGUCAAAUUGGCUUCAACUGGAGUCGUCGAAAUCCAAAAUGGAGUCAUGAAUUUGCUAUCGGAGUCCAAGGUAGACACAGGAGUUUACUGUGAAGGACUUGUUUUUAUAUUAAAUAGGGAACGAGAUCCACGGACUAGAAUGCUGAUCUUAAAGCAACUAUACCUUUUAUUUACUACUCCGAAAACAUACGAAGUAUUUUACACUAAUGACCUUAACGUGCUAAUUGAUAUAUUGAUUCGGGAAAUAAAUGAUAUCCCUAAUGAACUGGCCAAGCUAAGGUAUGCUUAUUUACAGGUACUCUUGCCCUUAUUACAAAACACACAAGUCCGACUCCCUCCUCACUACAAAACUAAACAUAUUAUUCGUGCUGUUCACAAUUUAUUAAUAUCCCAUACUCAUGGACUCAAUUGCGUGGAUGCCAACACCGUCGAGGUGCUGAAUCAAAUCUUGCGGAUUCCAUGGUUACGUGAGGAAGCAAGUAAACUCACCGUAGUUUCUGUAUAACCUACAAUUUUUGUUCUUUUCACGUUUAUGAGAGUGUUUACCGGCAUUACUACUAUUUAUUAAUUGUAAGGAAACAGGAUAACUAGUUUAUUUUUCCUUCUUUUGACGAUAAUAAAAUCUAUAUUCAGGUUAUAAUCGAUUUUAUAUUAUUCCUAAGUUUUUAC